CCUAGAACGUCAUCGUUUUCUCCGGGCCUAUAGACAACGAGCUUGUGAUCAGGAUUGUUUACCUCCGGAAGACUUGUGGAAAGUGGGGCGUUCGGAGCUAUGGAAAGCGACAGGAAGAGAGCUCUCGAGGAGGAGGAGGAGGAGGAGGAGGACCAUGCUUUGUCAGAAGAUGACGACUAUGUGCCCUAUGUACCACUCAAGCAGCGGAGGCAGCAGCUGCUUCAGAAGCGUUUGCAGAUGCGUAAGAAAGGAGUCAUAGAAGAAGAGCAGAAGGAUAGUGGCAGUGAGCAGCGCGGGGAUGAAGAGGACAUCCCUCUGGGACCCCGAUCUAAUGUCAGUCUUUUGGAUCAGCAUCAACACUUAAAGGAGAAAGCCGAAGCUAGAAAAGAAUCUGCAAAAGAGAAACAGCUGAAAGAAGAAGAGAAAAUCUUGGAGAGUGUGACAGAAGGAAGAGCUUUGAUGUCCGUGAAGGAAAUGGCAAAAGGUAUAACAUAUGAUGACCCGAUAAAGACCAGUUGGAGAGCUCCACGUCAUAUUCUUGGGAUGUCACAAGCUCGGCAUGAACGUGUCAGACGAAAAUACCACAUUUUGGUUGAAGGGGAUGGCAUUCCUCCUCCCUUAAAGAGUUUCAAAGAAAUGAAGUUCCCAGCAGCUAUUCUACGUGGACUGAAGAAGAAGGGGAUUCUGCAUCCUACUCCUAUCCAAAUUCAAGGCAUCCCGACAAUCUUGUCCGGGAGGGAUAUGAUCGGCAUAGCUUUCACAGGCUCUGGGAAGACUUUGGUUUUUACGCUACCUGUUGUUAUGUUUUGCAUGGAGCAAGAAAAGAGACUGCCUUUUACAAAGAGGGAAGGACCCUAUGGACUCAUAAUUUGCCCAUCAAGAGAAUUGGCCCGUCAGACACACAGCAUAAUUGAGUAUUACUGCCGCUUGCUGCAAGAAGAUAACUUUCCGACUUUACGUACAGCACUGUGCAUUGGUGGUAUGUCUGUGAAGGAGCAGAUGGAAACUAUCAAACAGGGCGUGCACAUGAUGGUGGCAACCCCAGGGCGACUCAUGGACCUUCUUCAGAAAAAGAUGGUGAGCCUGGACAUUUGCAGGUAUCUGGCUCUGGAUGAAGCUGAUCGUAUGAUUGACAUGGGCUUUGAGGAAGACAUUAGGACAAUAUUUUCCUACUUUAAGGGUCAGAGACAAACACUGCUUUUUAGUGCCACUAUGCCCAAGAAGAUCCAGAACUUUGCUAAAAGUGCUCUUGUGAAGCCAAUAACUAUUAAUGUUGGGCGAGCAGGUGCAGCCAGUCUGGAUGUAAUACAGGAAGUAGAAUAUGUCAAGGAAGAGGCAAAGAUGGUUUAUUUACUGGAGUGUCUGCAGAAGACUCCACCUCCCGUGCUGAUCUUUGCUGAAAAGAAAGCUGAUGUGGAUGCCAUACAUGAGUAUCUACUAUUAAAGGGAGUGGAGGCAGUAGCCAUACAUGGAGGGAAAGACCAGGAGGAGCGAACCAAAGCUAUUGAGGCUUUCAAAGAAGGAAAAAAGGAUGUCCUGGUUGCUACAGAUGUUGCUUCCAAAGGUUUGGACUUUCCAGCUAUCCAGCAUGUGAUCAACUAUGACAUGCCUGAAGAGAUUGAGAACUACGUUCACAGAAUAGGACGUACAGGACGAUCUGGUAACACAGGAAUUGCUACCACUUUCAUUAACAAGGCAUGCGAUGAAUCUGUACUGAUGGACCUGAAAGCUCUACUUAUGGAGGCAAAGCAGCGAGUGCCCCCUGUCUUGCAGGUACUCAACAGCAGCGACGAGACCAUGCUGGACAUUGGAGAAGAACGAGGCUGUGCAUUUUGUGGCGGUCUGGGUCAUCGUAUUACAGACUGUCCCAAAUUGGAGGCUAUGCAGACCAAGCAAGUCAGCACCAUUGGAAGGAAAGACUACCUGGCCACCAGUUCCAUGGACUUUUAAGGGAAGAAGAUUACAGUUGUAUCUUGGAUGGAUCCUGUGUUUGGACUGUUUUGAUCAAAUUAGUGACUAACAUAAAUCUGCGGCUCCACCACAAAAGAGCAUGGCAUGAAAUGUUUUCUGCUGAUUAUUAUAGAUCUUCUUUUAUAAAAUAUAUAGAUUACAAGAAUUGUAUAGUACUUUAAAAGUUAAACAUUGCGUUAUGCUGUACAUAUAUCUGCUGUAAUAUUAAAAUCACUGGCAAGUGAAGUAAAUAACA